UUCAAUUGUUCCAGAUUUUUCCAUUUUCGUAUUCACAACUCCGUCCACCGUCGACCGCCGUCAUUUUCCAUUUGAAAAAUCCUUCCAAAACCCCUCGAAUUUUCCCUUUUUCUUUCUACCGAAGGAAUCAUUUACAAUUCCUUCUUCCAGAAACCGCGUCGCCUUUCUCCGAUCCCAAUCCCGAUCCAUCCCUAUAAAACCCUCCCCCUCCACCAUCAUCUCUCAAUCGGAAAUCCACCAUGGCCGGAGCAUCUGAACAUCCUAAACCCACCGAAUCUCAGGCUUCCCCUGUUCCGCCGCCCUCCACGGAGGAGGAAUCAAAGAAAUGGGGGACACACGUUAUGGGGCCGCCGGCGGCUCCCUCUGAGCAUCCGGAUAACCAUAAGGCGGCGUUCUGGAACGCCGCGGACCAGCAGAAGAUCCACCACCAUCCGUACGUGCAGUACUCUCCGAUGGAUCAUCGGCCGAGUACUAACCCGUUCGAGCCUGUGGUACACGCUUUCAAUUCGUGGAGCAACAAAGCAGAGACUAUGGCGCGGAACAUCUGGCAUAAUCUGAGGACUGGACCGUCGAUGUCCGAGGCGGCUUGGGGGAAAUUGAACUUGACGGCGAAGGCUAUAACGGAAGGCGGAUUUGAGUCUCUGUUUAAGCAGACUUUCGCGACGGAGCCAAAUGAGAAGCUGAUGAAAAGCUUUGCUUGCUAUCUCUCCACCGCGACGGGUCCGGUGGCCGGAACUCUGUAUUUGUCGACGGUGCGUCUGGGUUUUUGUAGCGAUCGCCCACUUUACUUCACCGCUCCCUCUGGUCAACCAUCUUGGAGCUACUACAAGGUAAUGAUACCGCUGUCGCAUAUACCAGCAGUGAACCCAGUGACGAUGCCGGGAAACCCAUCGGCGAGGUACCUCCAGAUCACCACCGUGGACGGCCAUGAGUUUUGGUUUAUGGGUUUUGUGAAUUUCGAGAAGGCAACGCACCACCUCUUGAACGCCGUCUCCGUCCACAAUGCGCCACCGUUUACCGCCUGACCGGACAUUCUUUUCACCAUGCUGAGCAUUUCAUUAUAUAGAUAUUUUUUUACUUAAAUUGUGGCUUUCUUGUUGUAUAUGUACUUUUUGUAGCUUGCGAGUCUUUUACACUCCCAUUGUACUAUUGCUAGUAUACAAUAAAUCAUUUAUUUUUGUGUAUUA